AUGCAUGACGAAAACGAAAGGUCUCGAGUCGCUUCAAGCUCUUUGAGCAUGGACGGAAAUUGCAUGUUCCGGACUGUAGCGACUUUGACAGACGCUGUGCAUAGCGGCAGUGCCUAUUUAGGUUUAGCCUGCGGAAUUAGGCGUAGCCAAAUUUUAUUUAUUCCCUGGCAGGCAGUCAGUGCGGCGCCUAACUCAAAAUGGUUACAUCACAUGACAACUAAUCCUCAUUCCCGACUUAGUGGACGGUUAUACGGAGUACUUAGGGAGGUACAUACAGGGAGGCAGACGCUUGAACCCUUCCCCGGAUUCUGGCCCCAGCAAGCGAGGAGAGGGAUUCAGAACUCCUUUCUCCUCCAACCCAGUGUAGAAACGUAUAGAGCAAGCAAGGGAACAUCUCUGAUGCUGCAAUUGGCAUUGACUGGCACAUCGUCCUGUCCUGUUGCUUCUUCCCCGGAUUGGAUUGAACUAAUAGUACUCAGUAGUGUAGGUAGCGUAUUGUAUAGUUACAUUCCAAACAUGACGGCUGUUGUCAUCAUCAACCACGCAGAUACUCCAUACACAACUCCAUUGAAGCAAAACAAAAACAAUAAGAUAAACAUAAGAUCCGCCUGGCAUGCAUGUCAAGUACGGAGUAAUCCAAUCCCUUGGCGAAUUGGUGUGGCUUUCCCUUCCUUCGUGACAGGUAUUAAUUAA